UUUUUGGCGCUCCACACAGGAGACUGUCUGGUGGGCGACUACAAAAAUAGAAUAGGGCCUAGGUCAACAAAUAUUGCAAAAUGACCGACUGUUUACCAAAUAUUGGAGAUCGAAUAUGGAGUGAUGGUGAAAUUGGGACCGUCAAGUAUGUUGGUGAAGUAGAGUCAACAUCAGGUACAUGGCUUGGUGUUGAUUGGGACAAUAAAGAAAGGGGAAAACAUGAUGGCACGCACAAUGGGAAACAGUAUUUUGAGACUAGUUCGCUUUCAAGUGGAUCAUUUGUGCGCCCCAAAAAAGCUGUUUCAGGGAUAUCGUUUAUAAUGGCUCUACAGGAACGUUACAUCCCAGAAGAUGCGGUGACCGGAGGGAUUGAAGAAUCCGAGAUGUUUGUAGUAGGAGAUGGACAGCAAACAGCUGUUGAAAUGGUUGGAGCAAAAUCUAUUGUACAAAGGCAAAGUAACUUUGGAAAUCUAAAGAAUGCUGCUCUCAGAGACAUGAAGGUAAACCGAGGUGAUGAGGGCGCUACCAUCAGUAAAUGCGUUCCAAAUUUAAAGGAACUGGACCUUUCAAAGAACCUUGUCAAUUCUCUUGAUGAAGUUGCCAGAAUAGCAGCUCAACUACAAAAUCUACAUGUGUUGAAAAUAAGUGAAAACCGCUUCAGUCUACCAACCAACCCCACUUCUUUGAUGAGCUCUUUUUUGAACUUACAAGAACUUUUUCUAAAUUAUGUCACUUUCACUUGGAAAGAGGUGGAAUUUUGUGCUCCAAUGUGGCCCAAUGUACGCAAACUUCACAUUUGCUUCAACAAUAUCACAACUGUUAAUGAGUUUGAUGUUACGUUAUUCCAGCAUGUAGAUUUAUUGAACCUUGAAGGCAACAAGAUUUCAGAUUGGAAUGAUGUUCUCCAUUUUGGUCACUUGCCAAGGCUAGAAGCAUUGAUUCUAAACAAAAAUGCACUGACAAAUGUCAAGUUUGAUGAUGUUGAUUACAAGGGCAAGACAUCUUACUUCCCAUUACUCAAGUCGAUAUCACUGAAUGCCAACUCCUUAUCAUCUUGGCAGUCAGUAAAUGAACUUGAGAAGCUUAAAAGUCUGGAAGAGACACGGACGCAAAGGAAUCCAUUCUGUGAACAGGAGAAGAUGUUUGAUACAAGACAGAUAAUUAUCGCCAAGAUUGGCAAUUUAAAACGAUGCAACAAUGCUGUGGCAUCUGUUAAUGAAAGGAGAGGUGCUGAAUUGGAUUACAUCAAGACAUUUGGCAAGGACUGGAGAGCAAGUGGUGGACACCAAGAUCCAGAGAAGAACAAGCCAUCGGUGGAGUUUGAAACAAAUCAUCCUCGUUAUAGGCAGCUUACAGAAUUGUAUGGUGUUCCAGAAGAUUAUGAAUUAACAACCAAAUCGACUACUUUGAAAAGCAGUUUAAUCCAAGUCAAUAUAACUUGUCAACAAGGCAAUACGACAAAGACAAUACAAAAGAAACUACCAGGAACAAUGAAUAUACAGAAAUUAAAGAGCUUAAUUCACAAACUGAUGAAAGUUGACAUUGCAUCACAGGUUUUAACAUACACCAGUACAAAGCUGAAAGAUCAAGAAUUUGAACUGAAUAAUGACAUGCGUCCUCUAUCGUUUUUUGGCAUUGAGAAUGGUGAUACGAUACAAGUAAAAUGGUGAUGAAGAUGUUUAUAAGAUUAGCUAGUGUGUGCAAUUAAAUAGACAAAUCAGAACCAAAUAUAUGUGCUUAAACUGUUGGUGUUGAGCUAGAAAAACUUGAAUAAUAAAAUUAAAUAUUUAAAUUGUUUUACAUUUUAUAUUAGGUUGUUAGCUUUCUGUUGAAAAGUAGAAUAUUUUCAUGCUUCAGAGAUAAUGGCCAAAACAUGCUGGAAUGUCAACAUUCCAAACUAACCUUUAUAACCUUUAUCUAUACAUCAUGCA